UUUGUUUGAAUUCUAGGUUUUCGUUCAACUCCUCUCGUUUCAAAUCAACGCUAUUUCUUCCUGUAAAGUGCAAGCAAAGCGUGACCAUGGGAUUUAAAUUGUCCUGGAUUCGGUAUUCAAUGUAUCGUUUGACUUCAAUAUCUCUGAAUUUAGAUUGUUUUUUGUGAUUGUUAGUGCCUCUGAAAAUUUUCAGAUUUACAAAGGCUUCAGAUAGAGGGGAAGAAGAUGAAUCUUUCUGCUCUUCUAACUUCUGCUGGAAUUAAUAUAGCCAUAACUGUAUCGCUGUUGUCGCUGUACUCUAUAUUGAGGAAACAACCAAGCAAUGUUAGUGUGUAUUUCGGUAGAAAGCUUGCUUCAACGUGUGAAAGACGUAAUGAUGCUUUCAGCUUGGAGAGAUUUGUACCCUCCCCUAGUUGGAUAUUGAAGGCAUGGGAAACAACUGAAGCAGAAUUAUUGGAGCUUGGUGGCGUGGAUGCUGUAGUUUUUAUCAGAAUACUUGUUUUCAGCAUACGAGUUUUCUGCAUAGCUGCCGUGAUUUGCAUUUUUCUAGUGCUUCCGGUGAAUUAUUAUGGGAAAGAGAUGAUCCAUACGAAUAUAUCUUCAGAAUCACUGGAGGUAUUCACAAUUGCAAAUGUCCAAGAAGGUUCGGGAUGGCUCUGGGCACAUUGUCUUGCAUUAUAUAUUAUAUCUUGCUCAACUUGUUUUCUCCUAUACUUUGAAUACAAAAGCAUCUCUAAAAUGAGGUUGGCAUACAUCACCCGACCUAUUCUGAAUCCAAGUCACUUUACACUUCUUGUUCGUGCCAUUCCCUGGUCUCCAGAACAAUCUUAUAGUGACAUGGUGAAGGACUACUUCAUGAAUUAUUAUGCAUCAACCUACUUGUCACAUCAAAUGGUGUAUCGGUCUAGCACAGUUCAAAAACUAAUGAAUGAAGCAGAGGUGAUGUGCAAUGUGUUUAAGCAUGUUACCUCUCAGCACAACUCUAACCAGAAUUCAUUCCCACGCCAUCUUUGUGGUGUAGCUUCAAAUCCUUUUACGAUUCUUUCUAAUGAAACAGAGAGUGUUAAGGGGCACGUUGAAUUUGAUGUUCUGGAGUCAUCUAUGGAGAAGGAGUAUGCAACUGCCUUUGUUUUCUUCAAGACUCGCUAUGACACCAUUAUUGCUUCAGAGGUUCUUCAAUCAGCAAAUCCCAUGUUAUGGGUGACAGAAAUGGCUCCUGAACCACGCGAUGUUUUUUGGUCAAACCUGUGCAUACCAUAUAGACAACUUUGGAUUCGCAAAAUAGCAACACUUCUGGCUGCUAUUGUGUUUAUGUUUGUGUUUCUUAUUCCUGUGACAUUUGUGCAAGGCUUGACUCAACUUGAUCAGCUAUCGCAUGCACUUCCAUUUCUGCGAGGACUUUUAAAAUUGAAAUUUGUGACACAGGUGAUAACUGGUUAUCUUCCAAGUGUUGUUUUGAUUCUAUUCAUGUAUGCUGUUCCACCAACAAUGAUGCUAUUCUCAACCAUUGAGGGAUCUGUCUCACACAGUGGGAGGAAAUUGAGUACAUGCAUCAAAGUUCUGUACUUCACAAUUUGGAAUGUUUUCUUUGUUAAUGUCUUAUCUGGGUCCAUUAUUGGGCAACUGAGUGUUUUUUCAAGUGUAAAAGACAUACCCAAACAACUUGCUGAGGCUGUGCCAAUCCAGGCUACCUUCUUCAUGACUUAUGUUUUAACAUCGGGGUGGGCAAGUUUGUCUGUGGAAAUUAUGCAACCUCUUCUUCUUUUGUUCAACAUUUUGAAAAAAUUUAUAUUCCUAAUUAAAGAAGAUCCACCUGAUGGCGCUUAUUCCUUCCCAUAUCAUACAGAAGUUCCAAGAGUCCUUCUAUUUGGACUCAUUGGCUUUGUCUGUUCGAUUCUGGCACCCUUAAUAUUGCCCUUCUUGCUGAUAUACUUUUUACUUGCUUACCUCGUAUAUCGAAACCAGAUUAUGAACGUAUAUAUAACAAAUUAUGAUAGUGGGGGGCAGUAUUGGCCUAUUGUUCACAAAGCAACAAUCUUCGCAUUGGUGUUGACCCAAAUUAUAGCUCUUGGGGUCUUUGGGAUUAAACGGUCAUCAGUUGCAUCUGGUUUCACCAUUCCACUGAUUAUUGGAACUCUUCUAUUUAAUGCGUAUUGUGGCCAGCGUUUUUCUCCAACGUUUAACAAGCUUUCAGCUCAGGUACUCAUGGACAUGGAUAGACGAGAUCAACAGGCUGGGAGGAUGGAAGAGAUUUACGAACAAUUACGAUCUGCCUAUUCCCAAUUUCGGUUAACUCAGAACUCAGGUAAAGCUGCACGGAUAAAUCAGGAUGAAAACUCAUGUAAAGAUGUACAUACAAAUCAUAGUGAGUACCAGGAAAGCAUUGCGGAUUCAGAGGCCACACUGAGGCCAGGGAAUGAAAUAUCCUCUUAGAUGAUUUUUGGUUUGUUCAUUGAUAUUCUAAAAGAGGAUCCAGUGGGACGUGAAACUAGAACUAGACCAUUCAUUUAAAAGAUCUGCAAUCAGGUCCUUGUAUGUACAAAGUGUUUUGAAGAAUUAUUAUCGGCAGAAUAUAUUUGUAUGAAGGCAAUGUACAGAAAUCAACACCAGGUACAAAUUAGGCUCCUCAUCUGACAUGUAUAUUUAUUUUUAUACCCAGAUUUCCAUUAUAUAUGAGUGAGGAAAUGGUAAGAGGAAACUCUGUUUUACUAUGUAGUCGAACUGGGAACAAGAAGAGGUGAACAGAAAAAAGAACUCUAGAGAUUUUACGAAGCUUUUCACAUUGGAGAAUGAACUUGUAUUAUUGACUAAAUGAACUCUGUAAAAUUGUAGUUCUAAUUAGCAGAAGUUUUCCGGA